AUUCAGCGCACGGGACAACUUUCACUCGCAUUACGCAUGGCUCUGGCUCUGCGCAAACGCGCGACUGCAACACCGUCUUGCAAGAAACAGAUUGGAUUCUAAGAAAUUAAAACACAGCCACACCAAGCUAAACAGACGAAUUAAGGAAUUUUGAAGACAUUGUUAUCUUUGCCCGAUAAUGUUCCCCACACGCAGAGCAGGAUAUCCUCUUGUCGCCGUGUAGUUGUAUAGCAUUACGUGAAGAUCCAACGCGUUAUCUGCAAUUCAUAUUCUAUAUAGAGAUGGAUCUGUGGGGAGUUUAUCUGUUUCACCUCAUAACUUUGGCUUUGUUAGAUGCUAUACUGGCCGGCAAAGACUGCUUGGUGGCUGGAGACUCAUGCUCGAGUGAUGAGGCUUGUAGUCCACGUCUGCGGACUUUGCGCCAGUGUGUGGCGGGCAAUGGCAGCGUGAAAUUGGGCCCCGGUGCCAGGAGCCAGUGUGCCAAUGCAGUGUCGGCUCUGCUGUCCAGCCCCUUACAUGGCUGCCAGUGCAAACGGGGCAUGAAGAAAGAGAAGAACUGCCUCAGCAUCUACUGGAGCCUUCAUCAGUCCAUCAUACAUGGGCUCAACCUGGUGGAGAGUUAUCCCUAUGAGACCGUGCACAGAGAUUACAACUACGUCCGCUUGGCCUCCAUUACAGCUGACUCAGAUGUUGGCAUGACAACGGUGAAUCGCUGCCUGGACGCAGCCAAGGCUUGCAAUGUGGACGACUUGUGCCAGAAGCUCCGCACAGAAUAUGUGUCCGCUUGUAUCAAACCCACUGCCAAGUCGGGCUUGUGCAACCGGCCUAAAUGCAAUAAGGCUCUGCGCCGGUUCUUCGACCGAGUCCCUGCCGACUACACACACGAACUGCUCUUCUGCCCCUGUACGGACACAGCAUGUGCAGAGCGUCGGAGGCAGACUAUAGUUCCCAGUUGUUCUUAUGAAAGCGCAGAAAAACCCAACUGCAUUACACAGAUGAGGAUCUGCAAUGCUGACUAUGUGUGCAGGUCUCGCCUGGCACAGUUUCAGUACGAUUGCGAACCCUCCGAAACAUCUGCCAAUGGCUGCAAGCAAGGGAACUACGGAGCCUGUCUUCUCGCCUACACAGGGCUCAUAGGAAGCACAAUAACUCCCAACUAUGUCGACAACUCAACUUCCAGCGUGGCUCCAUGGUGCUCCUGCUCAGCCAGCUGGAGCCGGAAGGAAGAUUGUGAUAACUUCCUGGGAUCCUUCACCAACAACAUCUGUCUUCAAAAUGCCCUUAUUACGUUUGGAAGUGAAUCAGAUGAGCAGCCAACUGUCAGCCAGUCCAGUGCACCGAGCCCUGGUUACAGCAGCAGAGAAACCAGGAGCACCGCUUCUCCGCCAGAAACCAUUGAAACUAUGAGGAACAUUCUGGAUACAAUAAUACCAACACAGGCCUUGGGAAAUGAGCUACUAGUGGGUCAGUCCACCCUGCCAUCCAACAGCCUCCCAAUCUCUGCUUCACCUCCCAGCUUAAUGCUUCAAGCUGCCCUCUGCCUUCUGUUGUUGCUCUUUCAUCUGCUCAACAAUGAACACUAAAGGCUGCAGGGGAGCGUGCUGAGGACCCUCCUUGUAUCAAGCAGAUGGGAGGACCAGAGCGGCUCAGAGGAAAAUGGACCGUACAGCGUUACUCCUCCCUCUGAAUUUGUACAGCAAUUCUGUUUUUCUAUUUUUGUGUCCGAGUGGUCCAGUUGCACCUGCCAGUGUGCUCUCAGACUGUGGGAGACCUCUGCAGACUGAAGCCAGUCUGUACAUUUGUACAUUGCCGUCGCGAUCAAAUCAAGCUGAAAUGAAUUGUCACUUUUGUGGACUUACGCAACACUCAGCUAACCUAUUAUGAUAACCUAUUAUGAGUUAUUAUGAAAAUAUACUGCAGAUAUGUAUGAUACAAAGAUAUGAAGUAUAUAAUUACCUGUGAAGAUUUGUGUUAUCAACAGAAGCUCUUAUUUGAAAUAUUGUAAGGGGAAAUGGUUGGAGUAAACCAGUGAGCUUUGAGUCUGCUCGGUUCUCAGCACACAAAGUGAUUGGAAAGCUGCUGGAAUAUAUACCACUCUCCUCAAUGGACAGAAAAGAACCAUUAUUUCUGAUCAAUACUGCAAUAGUGGGGAGACAGAGAGACAAAAGAACUACAUUUGUCACAGACAUCACGAACAAAUGCCAUGAUUCUUACAUGUACAGCAGCACUAUCUAGAAAAAAACAACUCGAGUACACAAGACUUGGCAUAAUAAUCGUCCUCAAUCAAGACUGCUGCCCAAUGGUCAAACUAUCUCACAACACUUUAUCUGCUAAAGUUACAGUCGCUAACAGUCCUUGGUCUCUAUCGACAAAAACAAGCUCUUGGACUUGAUGAAGUAAGUCUUUACAUGUAGCUGCUAUACUAUGUGUUUGUGAGCGUAAUACCUUUUGAUUUCUCAUUGUGUCUGUGAACAUUGCUCUACGGGGCUAUGAGUGUUUGUGCUAGAGAGAAAAGUAAAUUGUUGGACUUACUGAGCAUUGCCAACUCCAGUACGGAGACUUUGUGAGAAAAGACAGUGAUGAAUGAUUCAGUAUUUUCUGUUCAGGGAACGUGACAGUGAAUUCUGAACAGGA